AACGCCCCUCCCGCGCCAGCCCCGCAGGGGUCUUGCCGCCGGCUUUCUGCUCCUCUGCGGGGCCCACAGGCCCAAAACGCCCACCCUAACCUCGACUGUCCAGUCCACGACCCCGCCCCUCCUGCUGCUUGCCCCUCGGCACAGACCCAGGCCCUGCUCACCUACCCCUGCACUACUAAGCUCGCGCAAGGCCCUCGCCCUCACCUCAAACCUCUGCUUCCUCGAGCGUCGUCCCUUGGAGUUCGGCCUCUCCUCGCCUCAGCACCUCCUGGCCCUUUCUAUAUUAGCUCCGCCCCUCGGGCCCUCCUUUCCCAUGUCCCGUCCACAGGUAUGGCUCUGCCCCCAGGAGCCCGCCUUUUCCCUUCGAAGCUCCCACUCCUUGCCCGGACCACACCCAGCUCCACCGCCUGCUCAGUUCUGCUCUGACAGGGCCCGCCACAGCCCCGCCCAGCCGCGAGAGGCCCCGCCCGCACUCGGUGGCCCCGCCCAACCACUCCCUCCUCCCGCGCCCUCGCCCAGCCUGUCCGCAGGCUCUGAGCUGGGUACAUGCCCGCACCCGGGGCUAAAGCGGCGUUCCGCCGUCUGGUCUGCGUUGGCUCCGGGAUCCCGCCAUCCAUCAAGGCGGAGGGCCCUGGAACACUGCACUGUGACUGAGGGCAGCGACCCCAUCUGGGUAAAGCUGGGGCCACCGUGCCGUCUAAAUCAGGAGGAGGAGCCUCUGAACUGAAUCUCCAAAUACCCACUGCUCUCUAAAGCAUCCCCAGGUCUCCUGCCUCUCUCCCUGGAGUGCCUGUCCCUUCCUGAGGAUGCUGCUCCUGCAUGGUUUUUAUGUUCUGGUUACGUCCUAGCUGAGUUUUGGGCACCCCAUGCCUCCUUUGUGUCUAUCUGAAACAGCAACUGUUUGCUAAGUGAAUGUGUGUGACUUUAAUAAACUGAGCAAUAUUCAUUGGAAAACACAUUUAAUUUCAAAGUAAACAAAGAUGUUUGUACAUUAUUUAAUUAGUGAAAUAAUUAUCAUCAAUGUAACAAGCUGAAAAAUACAGCAACUUGAUACAAGACUGAGGUAACAAAAUACUUCACCAAAAAUCUAAAGAACCCCGUGGAGGGCUGAUUGAUGUUCAGUGGUUACUGCGGGUGAGACAAUUCACAAGAAUUAGAGAAAGUCCUUACACAACUGCAUGCAGGGGUCUGCUGGAAAAAAAGACAGCCCUGGAGAGUGCAA